AUGGCGCUGCCCACCGGCAGCCAGGAGACGUGGACGCCCAGAGUAGUGCACGACAGGACCCGCUCCCUGUUCCCGCCGGCCGUGGACAACCCCUUCCUGCAGCAGACCCGCCUGAGCCGGUGGCGCUGGGCCUCCACCAUCCUCCUGGGCCUGGUGCUGGUGCCGGUGCGCGUGUCGUGCAUCGCCUUCCUCUUCCUCUUCCUCUGGCCCGUGGCGGCGCUGUCGGCGCUCAACCUCCCCGCGCGGCCGGCCAGGCCCCCCAGGAGCUGGCGGCGGCGCGUGACGAGGCCCACGCUCACCUUCCUGUUCCGGGUGGGCUUCUUCUUCGCCGGCUUCCUGGUGAAGGUGAAGGGGAAGAAGGCCAGCCGGGACGAGGCCCCCAUCUUCGUCACCGCACCCCACUCUUCCUUCUUCGACGCCAUCGCCUGCGUGGUGCUGGGGCUGCCGUCCGUGGUGUCGGCCAGCCAGAACGUGCAGAUCCCGGUGGCGGGGAAGUUCCUGCUGUCCACGCAGCCGGUGCUGGUCACCCGCGAGGACCCGGAUUCCCGCAAGAACACGCGCAACGAGAUCCUGAAGCGGGUGACCUCUCGCGAGAAAUGGCCGCAGAUCCUCAUCUUCCCCGAAGGCGUGUGCACCAACCGCUCCUGCCUGGUCACCUUCAAGCUGGGGGCGUUCUCUCCGGGGGUACCCGUGCAGCCCGUGCUGCUGCGGUACCCCAACACGCUGGACACCGUGACCUGGACCUGGCAGGGCUUCACGGGGCUGCAGGCGUGCGUGCUCACCCUGAGCCAACCCUUCACCCGCGUGGAGGUGGAGUUCAUGCCCGUGCACGUGCCCAGCGCGGAGGAGAGGAGGGAUCCCCUGCUCUUCGCCAACGCCGUCCGCGUCAAGAUGGCCAACGCCCUGGGGGUCCCCGUGACGGACCACACGUUCGAGGACUGCCGGCUGAUGAUCUCGGCGGGGGCCCUGCGGCUCCCCAUGGAGGCGGGCCUGGUGGAGUUCACCAAGAUCAGUCGGAAACUGCAGCUGGACUGGGACGACAUCCACAAGCACCUGGACAAGUUCGCCGCCAUCGCUGUGGCCUCCAAGGGCGGGAAGAUCGGCAUCGAAGAGUUCUCCAAUUACUUGAAACUGCCCGUGACCGAGCCCUUGAGACAGCUCUUCGCCUUCUUUGACCGGAACCACGACGGCACCAUCGACUUCCGGGAGUACGUGAUCGGGCUGACGGUCCUGUGCAACCCCGACGACACCGAAAAGAUCCUGGAGGUGUCCUUCCGGCUCUUCGACCUCGACGCCGACGGCUUCAUCACCGAGCAGGAGUUCACCGCUAUCCUCCGCGCGGCCUUUGGAGUGCCGGAUCUGGAUGUUUCCAGACUCUUCUGGGAAAUGGCUGGGAAGAGCUCGGCACACAUUUCCUUCAAGAGCUUCCGGAAAUUUGCCCUCAAGCACCCGGCCUAUGCCAAGUUAUUUCAUUCAUACUUAGAUCUCCAGGCGGCCUAUAUCUAUUCCUUACCGCCAGAGAUCCAGCCCACUUCGCUGCAUUCAAAUGUCCCAGUGAGCUUGGGAAAUGGAUCCAGUACUUUCCAGGUAGACACAAGUAGUGAAAUAAAAAUGAUCCUUUGA